UGCCACUUGAUGGUGCUUCAAUUAUUCUAUACUCAAUACUGCCACCACUCUUUCCAUGUCCCACUAGCCACUAGGAACCAUUAUUGCCAAAACUGGCCCCGCAGACUCUCAAGGAAGCAAAAUCAGACCACAUUCAACGACGAGAUAUCCCAUUUCUGGUCUUAAAGAAUCUCAUUUCAGCCAAUUCGACAUCCCUUUCCAGAAACAAGCUUCCAAGAAUUACAAAGACCCUUUCACAGCCGAUUUGUCGUCACUCAAUUUGCCCCUUUUGCCAGAAUUUCAACUCCCCCUCCCAACAAUUAAUUCCUCAGCCAUUGCCAAAAACCAUGGAGUACUCUGUUCAUGAAUUGGCAAUCACCGGCGAAAACCCACCGGCCAAGUACAUCUACACCGACAGCAUAAACCCGAGCCAGGACCCAUCGAUUCCUCUCCCCCUGCUAGAGAUUCCGGUCAUCGAUUUCAAUCGCAUCACGACUCCAUCCGUUGGCACCGGAGCAGAGCUCGAAAGGCUUCGUUCUGCUCUCAGCUCGUACGGCUGCGUCAUGGUUACAAACCACGGAGUGGAGAGUUCACUCAUGGACAGAGUGCGGCUGGUCUUCAAGCAAUUCCUUGCUCUUCCAAUGGAACAGAGGCUGAAAUGCCAGAAGGAAGCUGAUGGGUUUGAAGGCUUUGGCAGUGACAUGAUACUCACCAAAGAUGUAGCAGCAGCAGUUCGUCACUUCUCUUGUAGACUGCGGCUCACCACAUGGCCUGAAGACAAGAGACAGAUGAAGUAUUGGCCUGAACAGCCGCACGAUUUCAGGGAAGUUCUUGACGAAUACAGCAGCAAGUUAUUAGUGCUCCACGAUGCAACCCUCAGGGCCAUGGCCAGGUCACUGAGCCUGGACGACGACAGCACGUUUCUGAACGCGGUCAGAGAAGGUGGAUCGAUCUCUGCAAGAUUCAACUUCUACCCGCCGUGUCCAACGCCCGAUCGCGCUCUGGGGCUCAAGCCGCAUUCCGAUGGAACGGUGAUUACUUAUCUGUUGCAAGACGGAGAAGUGGAAGGGCUUCAGGUUCUGAAGGACGAGCAGUGGUUCAGAGUUCCGAACGUUCCUGAUGCUCUGGUUCUCCAUGUCGGAGACCAUCUAGAGAUAAUGAGCAACGGGGAGUUCAAGAGCCCGGUUCACAGAGUGGUUCUGAACCCGGAGAGGCAGAGGAUGUCUGUGGUGAUAGCGUCUUUCCCUGAGGAGGGGAGACAGAUUGAGCCAUUGGAAGGUUUGGUUAGUGGAGAAAGGCCAAGGCUUUACAGGCAGGUGAAGUACAGUAUAGUUGACCAAGUUGGUUACUAUUGGAGUGGGACGAGAGUAACAGAUGAUGCGAGAAUCUGAAGGGCUUUUUUCUUUUUUGUUCUUCAUUAUUGGAGAAAAGAAGGAGAUGACAUGUGAGAACCAAUUGUUAUUAUGCAGGGCAACAUUUUAUGAUUGUAUCCAACCCUCAUAAUGUACUUAGAUCUAUUUUGUACCGAGGAUCGUAAAACCACGUACCAAAUGUUGUAUCGGAUAAAUCGGUGAUAGAACAUUUCAUAUCUAUAUCAUGGUUUAAUUACAUUUAUUCCGGUACCGCGGCUUGAGUUAUGAUUUUCCCAAUCGAGCAUGUUUCUUCUGCCCUUGCACUAUAGCAUGAUUUUGUUGUUCUUUGAUGUUUGU